GCAGGGGUCUCUGCUGGAUCAUGUUAUAGACAUGUGUGUAAAAAUGGCAAACCUGGAAGGUUCUAGCAAGCGAGUAAUAAUAGAUUCAUGUUUUCAGCAUAACUGCGGUGGCAUCACAACAAGUUGAAAAUGCAGAGUGAGAGCUGACGGAAGAGCAGAAGAUGGACUUCACCAGGACGGUUUUAGUGACAGGAGGCUCCGGAUUCAUCGGCUCUCAUCUGGUGUGUUCACUGGUCAACCAUCAUCCUGACUGGAGGAUUAUUAAUCUGGAUAAUCUGGAUUACUGCCACAGCCCCAGGAGCCUGGAGAGCAUUGAAAGCAGAAAGAACUACACCUUCAUUUGGGGAGACGUGUGCAACUCUCGGCUGCUGGACCGCAUCUUCAGCACGGAGGACGUCGACGUCGUCUUUCACCUGGCGGCCAAGACCCACGUAGAGUCCUCGUUCGAGUCGUCCUCCAGCUUCCAGCGGGUCAACGUGGACGGGACCAGGGUCCUGCUGGACGCCGCCCACCGGGCUCCACGCCAGCCGCGGCGCUUCAUCUACGUCAGCAGCGACGAGGUCUACGGAGGCAGCCGGGGGGAAGUGUUUGACGAGUCCAGCCCGUUGAGACCGACCAACCCGUACGCCGCCACUAAAGCAGCCGCGGAGCGCCUGGUCCGGUCCUACUGGGACAAGUAUCAGUUUCCCGUCAUCAUCACCAGGAGCAACAACGUCUACGGGCCUCGGCAGUACACGGAGAAGGUGAUCCCCAGGUUCCUCACCCUCCUGCAGGAGAACAACAAAUGCACCGUUCAGGGAACCCUCCCUGUCUCCCGCCACUUCCUGUUCGUCAGCGACGCCGUCGACGCCUUCCUGCUGGUCCUGGAGAAAGGUGUCGCGGGAGAAAUCUACAACGUGGGGACGAGCUUCGAGAUCCCCAUCGCGCAGCUGGCGCAGGAGCUCGUCAGGAUGGUGAAGAACGUGCCCAGGUCUGAGGUCAAUGACUGGCUGGAGUUCGUGCCCGACAGGCCGCAGGUCGACCUGCGGUACCCGAUCCGGUGCGAGAAGCUGCAGCAGCUGGGCUGGAGGGCGGAGGUCUCCUGGGCUGAAGGAAUCAGGCAGACAGUGAAAUGGUACCAGGACCACCCGGACUUCUGGUCCGCGAGGACCAAACGAAACGAUAAAAACUCUCCAAACCCCUGGGCUCAGUUCGCCCCGUGUCUUGACUGACAGGACGCUAAAGAAGCCGAGACUUACUUUUUGCUGCACAGAUGGCCGAUCUACGUCUCAAACAGCUGACGUGAGCCCAUCCAAAAACUGGUGGUUCCCAACCAUGGUCCUUGAGGAACACCAUCCUGCACAUUUUACUUGUUU